UUAUUCGUAUCAUAGGAGUCAGAGGUUUUUCCAACCGGAGGAAAGGGCAAAUUAAAAGAAACCUCAAUUUUGAAAAGUAGGCCCUAGUUCAUUUUUCCCCCAAAUUUUGUUCAUCCAUCUGCCGAAGAAUCGUACCACCUGAAAGAACUACCUUUGUAAUCGGAGGAUUCCAGAUGAGGUUCGAAUCCCCAUGGUUGAGGAACAUCACAGCCGAAGAUUUCCAUGGAAAAUUCAAAUUAGGGUUCCAAUCAAACCUGUUGAAAGGUUUUCUUCCUCACAUUCCCACUUCACACAGACCCUUCUUCGUCGUCUACGAUCGUAUUCAUCAUAUACUAAGUUGCAAGCAUCAAAGUCUCACACCUCGGCCUAGAAACUGUCAUGAAAGAACUCUGGUUUCGAACUCUGUUGCUGUCUCGGAUGAAUCCAUCACCGUUCAUCGAGAUGACCAGUCUGCUGUUUUUGUCCGAAACGUCAUCAAAUUUAGAAGGGACAAACCAGUGGAGGAGAUCGAGAGUGCUCUUAAUCGAUGCGACCUUGUACUAACCGAUGAUUUUGUUCUCAAUGUGCUGCGAAGACAUCGAUUGGAUUGGAAACCCGCCUUCAUUUUCUUCAAUUGGGUUACGAAAAGAGAUACUAAAGAAGGUCAAUUCUCCCCUGGUUCUGUUAUUUACAAUGAAAUUCUCGAUAUUCUCGGUAAAUCCCGCCGUUUCGAGGAAGUGGACAAGGUGUUUGUGGAAAUGUCUAAGAGAGAAGAACUUGUUAAUGAGGAAACGUAUUCAGUUCUUCUUAAUAGAUAUGCUGCAGCUCAUAAAGUGGAGGAAGCAAUUGGCAUUUUCUACAGAAGGCAAGAAUUUGGACUUGAAAUGAAUUUGGUGGCAUUUCAGUCACUUUUGAUGUGGUUGUGCAGAUACAAGCAUGUAGAAGCUGCAGAGACCUUGUUCCAUUCCAAGAAGCAUGAGUUUGUUACUGAUAUAAAGACAAGCAAUAUUAUCCUUAAUGGCUGGUGUGUUCUGGGGAAUGUUCAUGAGGCCAAAAGGUUUUGGAGGGAGAUAAUUGAAUCGAAAUGCGAGCCUGAUAUGUACACUUAUGGGAUUUUGAUUAACUCAUUGACAAAGAAGGGAAAGCUAGGGACAGCUUUGAAGUUGUUUAGAGCCAUGUGGGAAAGGGGUUUGAAAACUGAUGUUGUGAUUUGCAAUUGCAUCAUUGAUGCACUUUGUUUCAAGAAGAGGAUUCCUGAAGCUUUAGAGAUCUUCAAGGAAAUGAAUGAGAGAGGGUGUGCUUCAAAUGUAGCAACUUACAACACCCUUAUCAAACAUCUUUGUAAGAUUAGGAGGAUGGAGAAGGUUAAUGAGCUUUUGGAUGAAAUGGAAGAGAGAAAGGGAAGCUAUUGGCCAAAUUCUGUGACUUUUAGCUAUUUACUCAGGUCGGUAAGGGAACCAGAGGAAGUUCCUGUACUCUUGCAAAGGAUGGAAAGAAGUGGCUGCAAGAUGACUAGUGACUUGUACAAUCUGAUUUUGAGAUUGUACAUGGACUGGGAUAUUCAGGAAAGGGUUAAGUCUACAUGGAAUGAAAUGGAAGAGAUGGGGUUGGGACCCGACCGUUGCUCUUACACGAUUAUGAUUCAUGGGUUGUUUGAGAAGGGAAGAAAAGACGAUGGGCUGCGCUAUUUCAGAGAGAUGACAUUGAAGGGAAUGAUGGUUGAGCCAAAGACUGAAAAGUUGGUGAAUGCUAUGAAUGUCAAACUGCAAGAAAGGAGAGGCAAAUAGAAAAGCUCAUUAAAUAUGUUCCAAGUCUUGUGAAAAUAAAUAAGCUACCUGCAACUGGGAGAAAAUAAAACGAAGAAUAGCCCAUAAAUGUGCUUUCUCUAACGAUUAAAGUUUGUUGGAGGCAUUGCAAGUACUGUUUCUUUCGAUGGGCGAGAGUUCUCUCUCCAAAGUAUAGAUGGACAUAUGGGGAGCUUUCAGGGUUCAUCAGGUUAUUGGAGUUGGUUGUCGCGAGUGGUCGGUUGUCAUAAAUCUGGGUCCCAAGUCACAAACUAAUCGUUGCUGGUUUUGGUCUCUGGUCCUGGUAUUCAGUCUCUAGUCUCAAUGGUCGCUAAUCAAGGACCAAUCAUCAGGACUGACAACACAAGUGGGCGGCGACCAUGACCCAGAUCGAGGACCAGCAACCAGGACUGAGGACCAGGGAAGGGCGGCUACGACUAGGAACCAAUGAUGUGGACUGUGGAUCAUUGAUCAAUGAUCACUCAACGACAGGGACCUGUGAACAGUGAUUGAGGACAAGGGGUCGAGGUUUGGUGACUGGUUAUAACUUGCAUCAUCCGAGUGGUCAUCGGUCAUUAGUCCUCGAUCCUAAUUGCAGGUCAGCGGUUGUUGAUGGUGGGUGGUUGUCAUCAGUCCCUGAUCGUUGGUCUCGGUUCGUGGUCACCAACCCUCAGUUGCCAGUCUUGGUCCCUGAUCAUGGUUCUGGGUCUGCAGUUUUGAUCGCCAACCAUCGAUAGCCCAGUUAUAGACAGUUGUAAUCAGUGGCUAGUGACUAAGAUUGGGACUGGGGAAUGGUUACUGGGACUUGGAACCUGCAAUCAUUGAUCGAAAACCAAGACCUACUAGCAAUGAGGAUUGCGGAACAUCCACUUGCAACCACUCAAGGGAGCAAUGACUAGCGACCACUUUGACGUUUGGGACUGGGGAUUGGUAACCAGUGACCAGAACUAGGGAUUGGGGAUCAAUUACUGGCAACCGGAACCAGGGACCAUGGGAAAGGGAUUGGUUGAAUUUGUCUCCCACAAUGAAAUUCGUAUGGCUGCACUCUACCAUUUCCUUCAACCUUUGGAGUUCAUCAAUGGGAAGUGACAAUCUCCAUUGAAGGGAUUGAAGAAGAGGAGCCCCUUUCAUCUGCUGGGUCUGAUAUCUUUCAUCUGGCUGUUCACUAUUCUACUUUUCUUAAGUUUUCAUUAUGCAGUGUAUAUCAUCUUUUCGUGAUUGUAAUGAGACAUUUGCUAAACAUGAACUAAUUUCCUUAUCAGGACUUGGCUAAGGGGCCCCAGCGACAACCUUGUUUUAUGAGUAUGUCUUAUAAGUUAGUUUUCCUUCCCAUGAAGCACAUCUUUGAAUUUUCUUCACAAGUUUUUAUUGAAAUUGCUUCUCUUUGUUUGGCUAACCAAUAACAAUUAAUAACAUGCUUUAGGCACCGGAAGGGUUAAAGUGUGGAGCGAACAUUGUUUUAAGAAUAAUUCAACUACUUGCAGGCGAAAGGGGACAGUGUAGAAGGAACCAAGAUAGUGCGAUACCAGAAGGGAGGCACUUGAAGGUUUUUCAUCGCCUAGUUUCAUUGAUUGGCUUCUUAGGAGGAAGAAGCACAUAGUGCGUCAAGCAAGAGAGUCACUGGAAACCAUAAAGUCAAGUCUUGUCAAUUUUCCUUCUUGAGAUUCAUACUAACACCUCAUUUAUUAUUGCAUUUCUUUACGAUGCUAUUA